AUCUCAAAGUGAUGGUGAGAAUAGAUCGGGCAAUAAUAAUGUGCUUGUAUUGUCUGAUAAACAACUUCUCUAUUCUGUUGUUCAUCGUUCGUACGUAUUCUUGUUUGUUUGUGAAACAUAUAAAUAAAGGAGGAUAAUAAAAGAACAAUAAAAAUAAAAUUCCAGAACACGUAUGAUACUGAUGAUAUAUCCUCUCCUCAAAAUUACACCCACUAAAAAGCAAACAAAUUUUCUGAAUUUGGAAUCCUCUGAAUCUGAGCGGAGAGCGCUAUGGUUCAUGGCUCCCUGGCUCUACUAUCUACAACGCUACCAUCGUCGUCAUCAAAUUAUUCACCACUCGCUAACCCCGAUUGGCCCUCCUCCUCGUCCUCUCGCGUUUUCUCCGUAUUUAUCCGAAAUUCUGGGCUCAGAAAUUUCAAGUUGAGGGCCUCCUUCAAGCAACAGCAGCAGCAGUCGCAAUUAGUGGAAGCCGAUAAUGGGUCGGCUGAGCAUUUUCUGGAGAACAAUUCCAUUGCAGAUUUCAUGAGGUUCAUCAAGCGAAGCUCAAAUUCCAAGUCUAGUGAUGAUGCAGAGGGAGGAAGCUAUAGAAGUUCUGAGUUGCAGACUGCCGUUGUUAGUUAUCGCAAGAAGUUCCCUUGGUCCCUUCUUCAACCAUUUCUUCAGGUUGAUUUGGUUUCGACUAUACACAUUGCAGAUAAAGAGUACUUUGAGACCUUGCAAAAAGAACUUGAAUUGUAUGAUUGUGUCCUUUAUGAGAUGGUUGCUAGCAGAGAAAGUCUAGAAAGCAGAAGAAAUCAUGCUGCUAAAAAGAAACUUAAAGGUUCAGCCUCAAGGGGAUUUAAUAUUCUUGGCUGCAUUCAGAGGCAGAUGGCUAAUUUUCUUAUGCUUGAUUUCCAGUUAGAUUGUAUUGACUACCAGGCUGAGAACUGGUACCAUGCAGAUCUUGAUUUUGAAACCUUUAAGUUACUUCAGGUAGGAUCUAUUCCUUUAGGCUUCAGUAUUAACUUCUGCAAGAGCACUUAUUUUAUUCCAAAUUCAUCUUAAUUUGGGUCUUGGCAAGGUCAUCUAGAUACUUCAUAUAGAAUGUUAGCUUUUCUUGAAAAUCACAAGGAGAACUCGUUUGGUUGGUACUCAUUUACAUCCUAAUACCCUUUUAAGUGCCAUAACGUGGCAUUCCCUUGUUUUUGGUCAUA